GAAGCGUUUAAUGUGUGCUACAUUUUCAAAAUAGGUAUACGUAUAUGACGUUAUUUGUAGUUUAAAUGGCUUCUACAAAAGAACUGUUACAGCUGGACCUGUACGCUUUACUCGGAGUUGAAGAAACAGCGACACAGAAAGAGAUCAAGAAAGCUUACAGACAGAAAGCAUUAACAUGCCAUCCAGACAAGAAUCCAGAUAAUCCUCAAGCUGCUGAUCUCUUUCACCAGCUCUCCCAGGCCCUCGAGGUGCUGACUGAUGCAGCAGCAAAGGCUCUCUAUGACCAGGCCCGUGUUGCCAAGAAAAAAGCCAAGGAGCGAAACAGUAAACUAGAUGACAAGAGGAAAAAGAUCAAACUAGACUUGGAGGCUCGUGAACGGCAAGCAGAGGCAGAUGCUCAGAAAACAGAGGAAUUUAAAAUCACACGGACGUUAGAAGAAGAAAUUGCCCGCUUGAGAGAAGAGGGCUCCAAACAGCUGCAAGAAGAGCAGAGACUGAUUCGAGAGCAAAUCCAGAAAGAGAGGGAGUGGAGGCUCAACACUCAGUCCACACAUGCAGAUUUUUCCUCAGUGCAGCAAGGCAACAGAAAAGUCACACCUAAAUUAAAGCUAAAGUGGAAGUGUAAAAAAGACGAUGACACAAACAGUGGAUAUUCCCAGGAAGUUCUUCACAGCCUCCUUCAGAAGUAUGGUGAUGUCUUGAAUAUUAUAGUAUCGAGUAAGAAGAAAGGCAGUGCUGUGGUCGAGUUUGCGACUGUAAGAGCAGCGGAACUGGCAUGCCAAAAUGAGAGUGGCUUGGCAGAAACCCCUUUAAAAAUUGCCUGGCUCGAGGGACAACCUGAGACCGCUGCUCCAGUGGCACCCAAUAACUCUACAGCUGUAACAUUUACUCCAUCACAGAACUCUUUGAGCACUGAACGGGAUUACGAGAGCCUGGUGUUAAUGCGCAUGAGGCAGGCGGCGGAGCGACAGAAACUUAUCGAGCAAAUGCAGCGAGAAGACGACGAGGAAGAAGUCACAAAAGCUUGAAGUCAUCUACUCUGUAUCUUUACUAAAACAUAAAGUACAAUAAACAUUUAUCACU